UGCCGUUUCAUUUUCAUAAUCAAAGAUCAAGAUGGCGUCGUUAGAGGUGCUUGGUUUGCACGAUUGGCUAAAUAAGCAAUGUCAUGAGAUGGGAAUAUCUAGGCCUACUGAAAUACAAACACAUUGUGUUCCUAAAAUAUUGGAAGGCAGAGACUGCAUUGGCUGUGCAAAGACAGGUAGUGGAAAGACCGCAGCCUUCGCGUUACCAAUUUUACAAAAGUUGUCAGAGGAUCCUUUUGGAAUUUUUGCUCUUGUGAUUACCCCAACAAGGGAACUCGCCUUUCAAAUUGCUGACCAAUUCCGUGCACUUGGCAAGACUAUUAACUUAAAAGACACAGUUGUAAUAGGUGGAAUGGACAUGGUGGAGCAAGGUCGAGCUUUAUGUGACAAGCCACAUGUUGUCAUUGCUACUCCCGGGCGUCUAGCUGGUCUUAUUAACAGUGGGUCAUCAUUUAGUCUUAAAAAAAUAAAAUUUCUGGUGUUGGAUGAAGCAGAUAGGUUGUUGGAAAAAAGUUUUGAGAAAGACUUGGAGAUAAUAUUUGAAAACAUUGCAAAGAAACGUCAAACAUUGCUGUUCAGUGCCACUCUCACGGAUACCAUCAAUCAGCUGAUGUCGGUAGCUAACAACAACCCGUUUUGUUAUGAAGUCAAAUCGGACACUGCGACUGUCGAGGAGUUAGAUCAAAGAUAUCUGUUGAUACCGUCCCAAGUUAAAGACUGUUAUUUAGUUCAUUUACUGCAGACGUUUAUUGAAAACAAAUCGGUCAUCAUAUUUACCCACACGUGUCGUAGUUCUCAGGUGUUGUCGUAUUUAUUGAGAAAAGUCGAGAUAAAAUGUGCGACGUUACAUUCGUUGAUGCCUCAACGUGAACGAUUGUCGUCGCUGGCACGAUUUAAAAGCGGCGUCGUAAAAAUAUUAGUUGCGACGGAUGUAGCUAGUCGUGGUUUAGAUAUACCACAAGUCGAACUUGUUUUGAAUUACAACGUACCGGCGUCGCCGAAGGAUUACAUUCAUCGUGUCGGACGUACGGCACGUGCUGGGCGAGGUGGAAUGGCUUUGACCUUGUUGACGCAAUACGACAUCGAACGGUUAAAGGCGAUAGAGAAACAUAUAAAUGUGGAGAUGACAGAAUUUGAAACAAGCGAAUCGGACGCUUUAAAACUUUUAAAAAUUGUGACAGUGAUGAAGAGAGAAGUAGAGAUUCGUUUGAACGAUAGUAACUUUGGAGAGAAGAGGAAAGUAAACAAAAGAAAACACGCAAUUUUAAACAGUAUAUCAGUGAAUGCCAAAGUCAAACCAAAGAAAAGAAAAACUUAAUUAAUUUCUAUGAAUAAAUUUAAACCCAUCUCCUGUGUCAA